GGAGUUUCAGUGAGACUACAAUUACCGGGGCGUGCUGGGCACUCUGGUGCCUUUCACAUUAAUGCAGUAGAUGUAUUCAUUGAGAACUCUGGAGUAAUCCUGAGGGUUUGCCUCUGCUUUUUAAUGGUAUCUGUGGAAGAGUAAAGCGUUGUCUUUAGGAAGAAUUCUAAUGGAUGAAGCUCGGCGGCUGAAGAUGGCUUUUUCCCCAUCGUUGAUGUCGCAAAUGGUUUUUGCAACAAAAAGUUAAUAUGGGAAAGGAGCAAUAAGGAUGGAACCUCUCUCCUCCACCCUGGAUUUCACUGAAGUUUGUUAUCUCUCUAAGUUGAGUGCUGUUGCCUUCUAAAAGGGCCCUUGAUAGGUUUCAGAGAAAAAUCACAGAAUCAUAGAGAUUGGAAGGGAUCUCUGAAAAAUACUUGCCCUUUAGUGAAUAUAGAAGUUUAAAGAAAAGAUGGAAGGACACAAAUUCGUUGUGUGACUCAAUCUGAUUACAUUUAUCAAGGCACAGAAGUAUGCAUAACAUUUGGGCAACGUAUUCAUCUUCUUCUAGUGAUUGCACGAGAGUGGAUUAGAACAGAUGGAUGUAUAAGUAUUGAGCAUCUCCAAGGAACCAUAAAGCAGUACGGCAGAGAACAUGAAGUAUCUCAGGAACUUUUUUAUUUACAACUGUCUGUUUGCACUCACUUUUUGGAACAAUAUUGGCCUGACUAUGAAAAAUGAACUCUUUACAUCUGUUCCUAACAAUUUUCUACAAGAUGGUUUGGACAAAGAAAACUUCAGCCUUCUACCCUCAUAUACAAGUAAUCAUCAGUCUGAAGCUAAUUUUGGUUGGGUUGUGAUAGAAAAUACUACGGAAAGCCUAUCAUUGUCAGAAAUCACAAAAGACAAUGUACAAAACUUAAUAACUUUAUUAUCUAAUUUUAGAAAAGGCUCCAGGCUACAAAAUCUGACACUAACGAAUAUGUCAGUGUACUGGGAAGCUCUUAUUGAAGUACUCCAGACAGUAUGGCACUCAUCCAUUGAAUACUUUAGUAUCACCAACUUAAUACAACUGGGGAACGUUGUAAGUUCUCGCUUCGACUAUUCAGAUACUUCCAUGAAAGCACUUGCACUGAAUAAGGUUUUAGUCACAGAUCUAUACUUUUCACAGGAUGACAUUUAUAACAUAUUUGCAAACAUGAACAUCGAAGCCUUGACAAUAGCUGAUUCUGAGUUAAUUCACAUGGUAUGUCCUUCAUCUGACAGUCCUUUUAGGUAUGUAAAUUUCGCAAAGAAUGAUUUAACAGACCUGCUUUUUCAGAACUGUGACAAACUAAUUCAACUGGAGACAUUUAUUUUGAAAAGGAAUAAAUUUGAGAGCCUUUCCAAGGUGAGCUUCAUGACCAGCCGUAUGAAA